UCUCCCUGAGUCUGGAAAAAAAAGCGUAGUUUACUUGUGGACUGGUCCUUUAAUUCUGCAGGUGGACAUAUUAACCAUGGUGAGGAGAUACGACAAGAGCUUCAGGUGUGUGUGGUGGCUGAGUGCUUUGGUUCUUACUCUGGUUCAUGGAAACAACUUGAGCCAACAGGUCCAGGAGAGGCCACCCUGCCAGCCAGGUUUUUACUGCCCCUUGGGGAGCUUCACUCCACUCCCCUGUCCCAAGGGAACCUAUGGACCAGCAGCUGAUGCUGUGUCCAUAGAAAGCUGUCUUAAGUGUCCUCCUCAACACUACUCUCCCAGACCAGGCCUAUCUGCCUCCCUGCCCUGUGGCCCUGUGGCUCAGCAGCCUCUGUCUGGUCAGGACACUUGCAUCUGCUUGGGAGAAGGACAGACUUUCCAGUUGCCUCCUUUUAUGCAGACCAGUGACGGGCUUUGCCACUGCACCAUCGACUACCAACCUGCUAACAACGGAGAUGUGUGUGCACAGAAACAGUACGACGUCUGCAGCGAUGGAAAAACUCGUUCACAGUAUGGAAACUGUAUGGACAGAUAUCAGUGGUCUCUUCACUGCAUGCAGCAGGUGUGUCAAUCUGCAGAAGACUACAGGGGUUAUGAUGGAGAGCUGGGUCUGUGUGUUUGCAAAGAGCCUCCUGGAAGAGCUCCGUGUGGAGGCCUUUGUAGGAGAAGGCCAGCUACUGAACUCGAGUUGCUAUGCCGGACAAAUGGAGAAAUGGAGCUGGUGUGGAGUUAUGGCCACCAGGUGAUGGGUGUUUCAGGCAAGCUGCAGGAGACGUUUCUUAAACGCUCAGACUCUGAUGGAACUCUGUGCAACAGCCAUAUCAGCUCCUCACAUGCUGUCUACAUUGUUCAGACAACAGAGGCGGGUUUUCUCGGCCUCCUCAGCGGCCUCCCAAAGGAACUUCAGCGACUGUUUACUGUUACCACAGAGAGGAAUGCGGAGCUGAACACUCAGAGCUCAGCUGAAAGAGAUUUUGAUAUCCUCUGGGAAGUCACUAAAGUUGAAAAUAUCAGUCAUGAAGGAAGAGAAAACAAUGGAAACAAGAGUGAUGUCAAAGAAGAAAUAAGAGAACUGAGUGUAACCGGAGUUUUGAACCCCACAACGUGUCUCCAGUUGGGCGAUGUUAUCCUGUUUACUGUUGACACACAUCACUAUCCUCAGUAUGAUCUUGACAAUUUAUACAACACAAACAGAGAUUUUGACUGGGGGGCAGUCAGACGGCUGAAAGAAGAGCUGACUCUGUCCUGGACUCCUCCAAACUUCUUUGCGUUGGUCUUCAGCCAAGCUGGAGUAUACGUUUUUACACUGAGCAGCCAACACCACAAACACAUGUAUGUGCGGGUGAUGCCAGCAGGCGGUCAGUGUUAUGAGACCGGCCCCUUUUUCCCCACCAUCCCUCGUCAUGUGACCAGGCUGGGUAUCAGUAGGAGACGCAACCUGUUACUAAGGCCUGAUUGGCUGGUGACCGGAGGACUGCUAUUUGGAGCUGUUGUCAUCCUCUGUUUAUGUGUGACACUGCUGAUCCUGUUUCGUGAAUAUGGAUGGCCUGAGAAGAAGCCAAUCAAAGCGCGGUACCGCUUGUUGCAGCUGUCCUACAACAUGGACGACUACUCAUCAAAAGGCUCAAGGGUGAUCUCACUAAGGAAGAUUCACAGAAAUCAUCAAGCUAGAAUGACACAGGACUCCAUUCAACCAGGAUCUUUAGAGGAGUUCUGGGAUUACGAGCACCAGGUGGAUCUGGAGGCUUUCAGCAGCAACACCUUCUACAGCCUCCUGCUCAAACAGAGUCUGUCUGUCACCACACGGCUGGGACAGCUCACAUCGGAGGCCUGUAGCUCUUAAUUUAAAUGCAAAAUAAACAUACAGCAUGUGAAUGUUUUGACCUUCUGAUACUCUCUCUUUCUGUUACGCACACUCUGAUGUUUCCUUUUCCUGUGACAGCAGAAAGUUUCCCCCUUUUUGACUGUUUCACAUACAAAAUGAUUCAUAUCCCACUCCUCCUCACAUUAUUGUUUUAUAAAAAUAUAUUUCUACCUCUGGAGGAAAGCAAACGGUUUUGGUAUCAGACAGACAAACCACAUUUCGCCAUGAUGACAUACAGACUGAUGAGGUGAAAACCAUAAGGGGGUUGCUGUCUCGGCUGGUAAAUAUGAUAGCCGGUAUAAAUCCUCUCAUCAAUCCAUCAAAUAUUGCAGCUUCAGUUAAGUUACAUAUUUUUCUAUGCCUCGCUUUUCCACUGCCAUUGUCCCAUCGUCAAUCAUGAAAUUAAACUGAACUGAAGCCGUAUCAGAAGGAGCCUUUUUUUUGUUUCACCUGUCCUUGUGUUCUUCCUGUUUUUACCACCAAACUGCUGGCUGAAGUUUAGAAGACGGAGGUUGUUGUUACAGCCCUCAGGACAGCUCAAGUGAUGAAGGUGUAAGGGGGGAUGGCACACAUGACACCCUGUGUUAUCCCAUAAAUGUGAACGUCUUACCAAUGUUAGAUGUGUGCUAACUGCAUUAGGGUGCGGUCAAAUGUGUGAUCUGAUACUAUAAUUUUAUGAAGGCCCUUUUUGUGUGCCAGUCAUUUUGGUUUCAUGUAUGUAUCUUUGUGUGUGAAGGUGAAGGAGCUAUAUCAGGGA